CAUGCCUGAGACUGAGAGUGGCCAAGAAAAUAAAAAAGUAACAAGUACUGGUAUGGCUCAGAGCGAGGAUGCCCCACCGCAACGUGCAGCCUCAGCUGUCUAACCUACAAAUUCAGCAGCGAGCUCAUCUGCUUCCGACAUCAACCUGCUCCGCCACUGCACUCUCUGGCUUUCCCUCCUCUCCCACCAACAUGAACCCCUGUUCCUAUAGCCGUUAGAUUUAUUCCCCCUUUCACGCCCAACUAUAUCAACCGCUUCUCUGAAAUCUCCCUGUUUUCCCCAUCUGAUCCCCAAUGGGUUGCUGCGUCAGCACGGUUGAAUCCUCCAAGAGUCCCCCAGAUGGCCGGCACCAUCACAAAUCCAAUGCCACCGUUGAAGUAGAAAGCAGAUCCCCGCCUGCAGCUGAAGAGGAAACUGUCAAAGAGGUUCUAUCGGAAACGCCCAUAUCCAAAUCUCAACUUCCACUCUUCACGACAGACGCGAAAACACAAAUGCCCGCCAUUCAACCUCAAAACAAAUUCCAAUUCCACGAUCUGCAACAGGUUUUCUCCACGCCUCAAAUUGCAUUCUCCCUGCAAGACAGCAAAAUCCCGAUGCCCCACGCACCACCUCCGCCUGACAAUUUCGACUCCAAGGAGGAGGUUUCCGAGGUGUCUCAGCUUUCGGAAUUGUGCAGCGUGACCGAGAGCUUUUCCACAGCCACCACGGCCACGAUUGGAGAAAGGAGAGAAGACGAAGCGACGAGUAAACGAAGCAGCAGAGAAACAACUAGUCAGAGAUUGAUUCGCUCUCCCUCAUCAAAUCCGCCCAGGAAGCGUCCUUACAACGUCGACAGUGCCAAUGCCAGAGAACGGAGGUCCAAAUCUCCGGCGAGGAGAGCACAGCCUUCGCCGGAGAAAAGGAAUCAGGGGAAUACGAGGACGGUUCGCGAAAGGGAAUCUGGUCAGGCGACUGCGAGAAAGCCAAACGCGGGGUCCACCGGAGUCCGACGUGACGCCGGGGAGAAAUCCGGGAGGCGAUCGAGGUCACCGUCUACAAGGAUGAACCAGAGCAAGGUAAAUGCCGGUGGUCGGAGUCAGCUAAAGCCAGCGGGAGGGACCGGUCGGCAAUUGCCGCCGCCGUCCAAGGCUACAGAGGAUGAGAAUAACGGGGGUGAGAAAAUCGAGGACGGAAACGACGGCGUUCCGCGAGAGUCUCUCGAGAAUCCCCAUGUUUCCAUGGAGUGCUUCAUUUUUCUUUAGAUAUCGGAAGCACGCAUUCCGAGCAUUUCACAUGGCUUGCUUUCUUUCAAUAUUUAUUUUUAUGUUUAAUUUUAAUUUUUUGUUGGAGGUGCACGUUAAAUUUCUUUUUUUCCUUUAAUGCACGUUAAAAAGUUUGUAUUGCCGUGCUUGGUCGCUUGGGCCUUGAUGACAAUUCGCUACUGUAAAUAUCUACAGUUUUAGUUCCCCCCCCCCCCCCAACCCCCAAAAGAAAGGUAGUCAGUGUGCUGGGGAAGGAGAGCCGAGAAUUCAAAAGGAUUUUCUCUGCCCUUGAGUCGUUUUCUCCAUUUACUGUUUUUAAAAAUUAAAAGGUUGAGUGAUACUGACUGUGAUGGACUGAUGGUGGUGACCACCGUCUUGGGAUAGGGAAAAGGCAAAUGGAAAUCCGGAAAUGGUCCUCGAAAUUGAGUAUGGCUCGUUUUCUUUUAUAGGGAUAGGAGAGGACAAAGAGACUUCUUUGGUUUCGCGGCGUCGCUGAGCAUCGUCUUCUUCCUGUGGGCCUUGCAAUGUCCAGACCAGAGUUGGGUAGAAUCUUCCCCUACCAAAGAAAAUUGCUCUUCAUAAUUUCCCCCUUCCCACGGGUCAUAAUUGUAUUUUACCUGCUAAAUAUAAAGAAUUCCUUUUUAUCUUCA